AUGUCAAACAAUACGACAACAAAUGUGAAAUCAACUAAACAUUUAGUUACUACUUAUUAUCCAUUAGUUUUAGUUAUUAAUGGUACUUUAUUAAAUGUUUUAAUAUUAAUUAUUCUUUAUCGUUCAACAUUUCGAAAUACAAAAAAACAACCAAUAAUACAUUAUAUGCGUGCAAUAGCUAUAUUUGAUAUAUUUAUGUUAUAUAGAUGGAAUCUUGAUCAUUAUCUUUCAUGUAAACAUGGAUUUAGACUUUUAACAUAUUCAAUAGCAACAUCUUGGCUUCGUGUAUUUAUGUGUUUUGAUCGAUAUAUAUCAGCUAGUCGUCUUCAUCGUCCAUGGUGUGGUCGUAAAAAAGGUGUUCUUAUAAUUAUUUCAUGCAUUAUUAUCCUUGUUGCUCUAUUCAAUUUCCAUUUUCUUAUUUUUGCUUGCUUUUAUCGAUCAAAUGGUACAAUUGAUCCUAAUGCACGAUUAUAUCAAAUUUAUCCAUUAUGGGAUAAUAUUAAUUUAGGUGUUUAUAAUUGUAUACCAUUUAUAUU